AUGCCCGACAAGGUGUUCUUUUCGUCUUCCUUUAUCGGAAGGCAGAUUCGCUUUGACAACGAACAACCUUCAGAAUGGGUAUUGGCCGAGAAGUUGAGCGAGGAAGUGCAUCAGGAGGAUAAAUGUAAUGCACGAAUUUUUGGACCUUUCUCUAUAUCGCUCGGGGUGUUCUCCUGCAAGUAUGUCGACUCAGAUGAGUUAAUGACUAUGAAAAUCAUGAUGCAGUAUUUGAAAAUUCCCUACGCUGGCUCCAAAUUCGAACCCGCUCAGGAAAGGCAAAAACAAGCCACUUCAAUAUUUCCUCUCAAUACCAGCGUUGAGUUCGAGGCUCGGAAGAAGCUGGCUGCCAAUGGCUGCACGUCUGCUCCUGUCCUACACAACUACAAGGUUGAUCAGCAGGAUGACAGCAGCUUUGCCCCCGGGUGGAUACAUAAUCUACAUGCUGAUUGAGCCGGUGCCGAGUGUCUGUUUGGGGUAUGUUG